GUGGGAGCCCCGCUGGAUCCUGGCUUCACCCCCAGACAGAUUCGGCGUCAGCGGAGGUGGAACGACAGACCCCGUGCCCUGGCGGCACCGGAGCCCUAGCUGGUGAAGGCAAGGCCUCUGGACUGGUCAGACAUCCCCUCGUGGCCCUGGCAGAAUUAACAUGAGGCCCUAUCAUGCUUCCCCAGUGAGGCUUGCAGCCUGAGCAGAUAGCAUGGCUUGCCACUAAUGGUGAAUGCCAUGGCUGCAGGAGGUAGCCGGGCCUUUGUUUGGCAGGUUUUCCCCCCCAUGCCCACUUGCCGGGUAUAUGGCACAGUGGCACACCAAGAUGGGCACCUGCUGGUGUUUGGGGGCUGUGGCCAGGCUGGACUGCCCCUGGACACUGCUGAAACACUGGACAUGGCCUCCCACACAUGGCUGGCACUGGCGCCCCUGCCCACUGCCCGGGCUGGUGCAGCUGCUGUGGUUCUGGGCAAACAGGUGCUAGUGGUAGGCGGUGUGGAUGAGGUCCAGAGUCCAGUAGCUGCUGUGGAGGCCUUCCUGGCUGAUGAGGGCCGCUGGGAGCGUCGUGCCACCCUCCCUCAAGCUGCCAUGGGGGUGGCAACUGUGGAGAGAGAUGGUAUGGUGUAUGCUCUGGGGGGAAUGGGCCCUGAUACAGCACCCCAGGCCCAGGUACGGGUGUAUGAACCCCGCCGGGACUGCUGGCUUUCGCUACCCUCCAUGCCCACACCCUGCUACGGGGCCUCCACCUUCCUGCACGGGAACAAGAUCUAUGUGUUGGGGGGCCGCCAAGGCAAGCUCCCGGUGACUGCUUUUGAAGCCUUUGAUCUGGAGGCCCGCACCUGGACCCGGCACCCAAGUCUUCCUAGCCGCAGGGCCUUUGCUGGCUGUGCCAUGGCUGAAGGCAGUGUCUUUAGCCUGGGUGGCUUGCAGCAACCUGGGCCCCACAACUUCUACUCUCGCCCACACUUUGUCAACACUGUGGAGAUGUUUGACCUGGAGCAUGGGUCAUGGACCAAGCUGCCUAGAAGCCUGCGCAUGAGAGAUAAGAGGGCUGACUUUGUGGUCGGCUCCCUCGGGGGCCAUAUUGUGGCCAUUGGGGGCCUUGGAAACCAGCCAUGCCCUCUGGGAUCCGUGGAGAGUUUCAGCCUUGCUCGGCGGCGCUGGGAGGCACUGCCUGCCAUGCCCACAGCCCGCUGCUCCUGCUCUAGCCUACAGGCUGGGCCCCGGUUGUUUGUUAUUGGGGGUGUGGCCCAGGGCCCCAGUCAAGCUGUGGAAGCACUGUGUCUAUGUGAUGGGGUCUGAAGACCUGGUAAGACCUGUCUACUAGAGCAGCUCAGUGCCAGAGGCAGAUGCCUAUGGCUCCUUUGUCUGCUGAGGACACUCACUGUGGCUCUGUGGGAUGAGAGAGGCACAGGGGCGGGCACUUGAAAAACUGCCUUGGGGACUUGGGUUAGGGGAGCCUUUGUCUUUAAUGUAGGACAUACAUAUGCCCACAAUGUGUACCUACCUUUAUCACGAUGCAUUCAUGGACCAUGCAUAGCUCCACUCUUGCCCUGGAACCUACUAGGCCCUUUGUGCAGCCAGGAAGUGGGGAGAAGGAAGAGCUGGCCUCAUGCCCCACAGGGUCAGUGCCCAUCUGUAGUUGACCAGAAUUCAGAGAGGGUGGGGGACACAGAGGGAAUGGAGAAGAUGUAGGAACUGCCAGAGGAAUGCUGGUUUGGGGCCUUCUACACUGUUGGUUGUAUGACCUUGGGCAAGUCAUUUCACCUCUCUGUGCCUCAGCAUCCUCAUCUGUAAAUGGGGAUCUCUGAAACCUUACUGCCCUUCCUACCUCACAGGGCUAUUGUGAGGACCCAGGGAGUUUGGAUGUAGAAGUAAAAGUGCUGCUAAAA